ACGCGUCUGUGACGUCAGUGGGGGCAAGGCACAGAAGUAGGAAGUGUUGUACACGGAAAUAAAAAACAAACAAAAAUAAGAUAUAGGCAAAGAAGAUAAAACAUUGUCGACGUCGCUGGUAGUAUCGGGACUGUUACAGUGAGACUUAAUUGCCUCAAGUGCGCAGAAAUGGAGUUUUUGUUUGGAAAGCGGAAAACUCCUGAGGAGAUGCUCCGUCAGAAUCAACGAGCCCUAAACCGAGCAAUGCGGGAUCUGGAUAGAGAGCGUCAAAGGCUGGAACAGCAAGAAAAGAAAAUCAUUAAUGACAUUAAAAAAAUGGCCAAACAGGGUCAAAUGGAUGCAGUAAAGAUCAUGGCUAAGGAUCUAGUGCGCACACGAAGAUAUGUAAAGAAGUUCAUCAUGAUGCGGGCAAACAUCCAGGCAGUUUCUCUUAAGAUCCAAACACUAAAGUCCAACAACAGCAUGGCUCAGGCCAUGAAGGGUGUGACCAAAGCAAUGGCAACCAUGAAUAGACAGCUGAAGCUGCCCCAGAUCCAGAAAAUAAUGAUGGAGUUUGAAAAGCAGUCUGAAAUCAUGGACAUGAAGGAGGAAAUGAUGAAUGAUGCCAUUGAUGAUGCAAUGGGAGAUGAAGAUGAUGAGGAAGAGAGUGAUGCUGUUGUAUCUCAAGUGCUGGAUGAACUAGGAUUAACUCUGACAGAUGAGCUAUCUAACCUCCCAUCCACUGGAGGAAGUCUGUCAGUUGCUGCCGGCAAGAAGGCUGAACCAGCUGCUGCACUCGCAGACGCAGAUGCUGACCUGGAGGAAAGACUGAACAACCUGAGGAGGGACUGAGAGAUUAGAAGAAACAUUAAAUGAGCCUCUAGAUGGAAUCACGGGGCUAACAAAGUAACCAGUGAAACAAUUCAGCUGUUUGACUAGUAGAGGAAAGAAUUGGUUGAAUUCAGGUGGAAUGGCUAAACAUUU